GACAAAAAAUGGGAACCCACCAGCAGUGUGAGGAGACCUGAAAGUGGCACAUGGCAGAGUGUGGCGAUGGUGGAGACAGCAGCAAUGGGAGGGGCCGUACAGGGACCCAUGACACACUCUGGACCUGGCAGCAGCAUGAGGAGGCGGUAUAUAGGGGCCCAUGGCAGAUUAGGGGCCUGGCAGCAGCUAUGGGAGGAGCCCCGUAAUCUGCCAGCACCCUAUGACAAAAAAAAACACCAGCAGUGUGUGAGGAGACCUGAAAGUGGCACAUGGCAGAGUGUGUGGCGAUGGAGACAGCAGCAAUGGGAGGCCGUUACAGGGACCCAUGACAGACUCUGGACCUGGCAGCAGCAU